AGUCUCAAAAAAGAAAUGUUGUGUGAAUGUUGUAUCACCGUAUAAAUACAACUAAGUUCUAAACGUGUAAUAGGAAACAACCAAAUGUCUUACUGUUGACAGUGAAUCGAUUCCAAUACAUAUGCAUAUGUUUUGCUGGAAGUGACAGCACACACAAACACACGACACGACCGCCAUCUACAUAUUCAACAACUGACUAAGAGAUCGGUUAAAUAAUUACACUCGUGCUCCGAAUUCAAUUCACGUAAAUCCCCGCAUGGGCGUCAUGAGCAAGGGGAGUAAGAAAGUGGCUGGCCUGGUGAUUUUCCGUCGUAUCAACGAUAGAAUCGAAUACUUGAUGUUGAAACCAAAUAGCCAAAACAAGGAAUGGUCACCACCAAAAGGUCGUAUCGAUGACGGUGAAGACUUUUUGAUGGCUGCUAUACGUGAGACGAGCGAAGAAACCGGUUACAUGGCUGACGAUUUAAGUAUUUAUGACGCUCAACACCAAAUGAAUCAAUUCACACGAAAAAAAGGAAAGGAUAAGACGGUAGUUUUCUGGCUUGCUCAACUGAAAGAUGUGACAAAACAACCCAAACUGAACUCCGAUGAACAUAGCAAAUAUCGUUGGCUAACGAAGGAAGAGGCUUUGCAAAAAUGCAAGAUGCCAGAAUUUGCUGAACUUGUCAAUGAAUUUGAUCAAAUUGCACAAACUCUCUAGAAUUUGUCGCAGCAUUUUCUUUUAUUUCAUCAAAUAAGUGUCAUAAACCAUAGUACUGACACAUUCUUUUUGUAUGACACAUUUUUUUUCAAGUUACGUUUGAUCACCUUUUUUUAUCAC